CUCUCUCUUUACGCCCUCCUGCCCUCACCCCCAUCAACCAUCGCAUUUCCUUCUUCUGUUGUCUCUUUUCCCCUUCUUCGUUUUGUACCCCCCUGGUUCCCCCUCUCUCCUCCGCUUCCUCAAUGGCGCCCUCAGAUCACCCAGAGGCUCCCCCGCCCUCGUCAUCCCACAUGAUGAAGACGACGAAGCGAGGCAGACCCUUCCUCAAGGAUACUCUUGACCUCUUCGCCACCCUCGUCGUUUCUCUUCAGCUCUCCACUCACAAGCAAUACUUCCGCUCCUACGCCAAUUCCUUCUCCACGGAUGAGGCUGCUCUUAAUCUGGGCUCUUUGAAGUUUUCACAGUCAAAUCGCGGGCCGGAUCCCAAAGAUAAAACACGAAUAGUGACGACCACCACUACGACCACGUUCUCAAUGACCCGCGAUAUGGCAAAGGCCAUGUGUCAGCACUUCAUGGAUGCCCGCUUGAUUGAGAACGCUGCCGACCCAGGUCUCAACUUGUUCAAAGAUCGCGGCAUCUACGUAUGCACGCCCAAAGGGCUUCACGUUCUUGAACGUUUCAUCUCGAAAAAUGGCAUCAACUCCGAUCACCUACAACCCAUCUUCUCCACUCAGCCCAUCUGCAUCAAGCUUUUACACCUCGAACGACGUUCUGCUGACGAUGAGAUUAUUGUCACUCAAUCAGUUAUCACUGCCCUCUUUCGACGCUUCGUCGGGCGUCAGCAAAACUACAUAAUUCAACACAACGGUAGCUCGGACGCUUUUCAGGAAUAUCAUGAACGUUCCAAGGGUGUUCCUCUCAUGGACCAUCAAGAACGCUCGCAGCCUUUGCUCAAGGGGAAUGUCAUUCAGCAUAAGUGCUGCUUCAUGGCUGUGACGGCGUUGGAGUGGCUUUGUGACUUCACAUCAGUGGUUGGGAGGGAGGAAGCUGCCGAGAUGGCUGCACAAUUCGUGCGGUUCGGACUGAUCACCCUCGUCAGCGACAAGAGAAAAAACAACGAUUCCGCCAUUAUUUUCACAGUCCGUGGAGCUGCCCCCGGUGGGAACUCACCCGUUAGCCAACAUGGAGAGUUCAGAUGCACGCAGAAGGCUAUUUACAAAAUCACCGAAGAAGGCAGAAGAGUCGCUCAAUGGGAUGAUCCAAGGUUGGGAGAUCAAUCACCGCACAGCUCUUCGACCAACCUCCACGGAAGUCGAUCAUCUCAUGAUGGCACAGCGGAAACGAAGGCGGACUCGGCAUCGAUUUCCCCAGAUGCCAAAAUCCAUCGCCGCAUAUCAAUGGCGGAGAAGCUUAACGCGAGCUAUGAAGCUGGAGAAAAGCGGGCGAAGGAAAGCAACACUGAACGUCUCUUGACGAUCCUAGAGGAUGCGUCCUACCGCUCACUAUUUCGUGAUUUCCUGAAGGCAAAUUUCUGUGAAGAAAAUCUUGCAUUUUGGAUGGAUGUCGAGGACUUCAGAAGAAAAUUUGCAACUACUUCCAGUGCUCAAGCUGCCGCUCCGAUUCAACGACAUGGUGCCAGAACAACAACUGGUCAGGCAGCGAUGGAACGCCAUCACGAGUCGCUCAUACACACUGCCUUCCAUAUAUACAACAAGUAUCUUGCCCCCUCAAGCCCCAACGAGCUAAACAUUGACCAUGGGCUGCGCCUUGAUCUUGCUGGGUAUCUCAAUGAGAUCAUGACCAACCUGAACGGCAAGUCAUUUGAUGGACAAUUGGAGCCAGGACAAGCGGUCUCCGUCAAUGCCACUCAAGUACACAUGCUCAUCAGUCUCUAUACCCGCAUUCAAACACAUGUCUUCCGUCUAAUGGCCACGGACUCUGUUCCAAAGUUCGUUAAGACACCCCGUUUCGUCGAGGCGCGACAAUGGAUUGGUGAGGGAGACGCGACGGAGAACGAUGUCUUCUUCCUCACGAAGCCGCCUGCGCCUCCCGGUCUUGGUGAAGAAACUGGUGGAGCCUACAUGACAGUUUCGCCUAAAGGGAGUGAAAGGGAACAACGCGAACACCGGCAACAUAGAGAUAUACCUGGAUCGCCGGGCACGUCAUAAAGCGUUUGUCUCACUAUCGUCUGGCUUCGCACCACGGACUUCUUUGUUAAUGUUGGGAUUAACGACACAAGAUAUCACGCAUCCGCACGCACGGUUUUUGGUUGAUCCACUAGUAUGCUCUCCAUCAUUUUCUUCCUCUGCAUUCGACUCUUUGACCACCGGGGGUGUGCACUAAUUUUCGUCAUCAAUAAUCUUUCUAUGUUCUAGGCAUAGUUUUCUGGCCGGUUUACCAUGCUUAUAUCACUAUAUCACUAUUCCCCAACCUGCCUAGUUUUAUCCCUUGAAGCAUACCGACGAUUCCCUUCAAUGCCACUGGCGAUGUACAAUCUACUUAAUACAUUACAUAGACCUUGCUUCGUAGGUUUCCUAAUAAUUUCCCUUGU